GUCAAACCCUUUCCCUUUCAUCUGUCUGCUUAUGUUUUACAUUUCUGGACUCAAAUCCUUUAUGACAAGAUAAUUCUUCUGUGUGGUUCAUAUAUCAUAAUUUCUCUGCCUUUCAUUUUUAUGUGGAAAAUCUGGAUGUACCUCGUAACUGUGGAGAUGGGUUCCACAGAUUUUGGUUUUAUUGCUACAAUUUCUUUAUAUAUUUUGAACUACUUCACAAAGGACUGAACAGCAAAUUGGUUUUAUGUCCAUGGAUCAAUACCCAGUUCAGGAACCUCUUCUUUCAAGCCAAGGUGUCAAGAAGAGGCCUCUCUUUGUAUCGUCAGUGAAAUGGGUUCUCGAGAUUCUUAUGUGGGUGAUUUUCAUUGCAUGGGUUGUGUUUAUCUUUCUGUAUCCAACGCAAUUUGGUAAUGAAUUGUUUGAGAAAUUUGUUGGAGCCACCAGUGGAACUCUUUUUGGCCUUUCAGGAAGCAUAUUCUUAUUACUGAGUGGACCUAUUCUUCUUAUUGCAUUUCUUGCUAUUGCACAUCUGAUCAUCUCUGGAGAAGAUGAGUUUCACCAUAAGAAGAAUUCAAAGUAUCCAAGUGUCCGCCUGUGGACAUUUCCUGUUCUUGUGGAUGGACCAUUUGGGGUUGUUUCUGCUGCUGAGUUUAUUGGGAUUCUCCUGUUUGUUGUGUACAUCAUCUGGGCUGUCUAUGUCUAUACUCUGCGGAAUCUCAGCCUUAUCUCCCAGUUGCAUUUAACUUCUAAAGAUGAAGGGUACAGCGUUUUCUGCUUUGAUAUUUUAAUAUGUAUUGCUUAUUUACUGUUUAUGAGAUUAAAUUAUAUUUACUUUUCUUUUUCUUUAGUUCUCACUUGUUUUCCGCUCUAUUGAUGGCCUUCCAACCCUUGCUUUUUUCUAGUUUUUUUUUUUUAUUAUUUUAUUUUUCAUUCUUAAAAAAAAAAAAAAAAAAAAAAAAAAAACUGGCAUGCAAUUUAUAUAUUCACAAGACCUUGACCAUAAAAAUUGGUUAUAUGCAUUCCUUCAGUGAGUCACGUGGAGGCAGGAAUAUAACAUGUUUUUCUUUUAAGCAUUUUGUAUUCAGUUUAAUCAACAAAUUCAAGAUGCACGUUGAUUUAUACAUUCAUAUAUUGCAAAUUUUUGUUCACUUUGUUCCAUAACAUGUUUGAAGAUAUAGACUUCAUUCUUCAAUUUACUCAGUUCAGUGCUUUAUAUAUAUACAUACAUGUAUAUGUGCAAAUUUACUAUUUAGUCCUUAGUGAACAUAAUUACUUAGAUCAUCUAUUUCAAAGUAUAUAAGUUAGCCCUUACUUUCAAAAUAUGAGAAACAACUUCAAACAACUGCUUUUUUUAUCUUCUAUAUUAUUUUAGUUCACACUGUUUAUUUCUUCCCUUAUUCCAAUCCACUUUACAGUUACAAAAUCAUUUAAAUUACCAAACUUUUAUUCCUUUAAUUUAAACCAUUCAAUAACCUUAAAAAGGGCUAUUUAUCAUCAAAACUAUUAAAAUACAUCAAGAAAAUGUUUCCUUAUUCAUAUUCAGAUUGUCAUUAAAUUUGUGAACCAUUUUAAAAAAUAAUUUGUAACCUGCAACAAUGGUAGUGCAUGGUGGUAUUUGCAAUUUCUUUUGUUUGACAUUGUUCCAACAAGGGAAGAAGUUUUCUUUUUUUUUUUUUUUCUUUAAAGAAAAGAAAGAAAGAAAAAGAAGAAAAUUAGAGUUAGAGGUGGUUGAAAUUGAUAAUUCAGAGAGGAAAGAAAUGGGAUUAUGCUUAAAGGAAUGGGUUUAUGCAACAGAUAGAAGAAGAUACUUUGGAGUGAAAACACGUGUAAAGGGAGA